UAUGGCUGAUGUGUCAUUGUUGAGGAGUUUUAAGUCAACACAUUUCCUCAUUUAUAUGAAGAGUUACACAUGACAAAUUUCCUGUAUAACUGAGCUACUGUGUAAUUGUAUCCAUUCAUAAUACAAUGAAUUUAUUCAAUAUUCAUUGAGUUUAAAUUGUGAUGUAAAACAAGAGACUAUUACAGGUGUAUUGUUUAUAAUCACCUGCUUAUCUCUGACCAGGUAAAUCGUGUAGGACACACACCUGAAGAUGUUUAUACUCAAUCUAAAGUACUUAAUGUAGUGAAAGAAUGGUCAUUAAUAGAGGAGAUUAAUAAAGAUAAAAAUGUACAGAAAUACUAAAUGUACCUGUGAGAAUUUGUAAUGGAAGGAAAUAAGGACAUGAAGAGGUUGUUACACUUUGGAUUAUCACAUCAGGAAGAACAUACUGGCCUUCAGGAUAGAAUCGAUGGAUUGACAUGAAAUAUUAAAAAAAACAUUUAUUUGGUCUUACAUGCCAAAACAUUUGGUAAUAGGUGGUUUCCAUAAAAGCAAUGGUCAGAAGGCGAUAUAUUUUACUCAGAGUGCUGCCACCUAUGGUCAUAUUUAUAAUAGGAAUGCUGUGUUUGAAGAAUUUAUAUUUAGGAUUUCACAAAAGCAGCGAGGAUAUACUAGAUUCACUAGAUUCAGAAUAUGUACCACAGAAACCUCAGGUAAAAACAUUUGAUUCAAAUGCAUAUGUGCUGGAUAACAUGAUGGCUGAUGAAAAGGAGAAACUACAUGACUUAAAGAAUUCUGGAAAUCAUUUACAGAACUAUAAAAGGAUUGAAGAAUCAAACGUGCCGAAAACUGCUAGUUCAACAAAUAAACAAUGUCCAAAUGAGAAAUGCAACUUUGUAUUUAUUAAAACAAUGAAAUGUGCUACUGAAACUGUUGUGAGAAUACUCCGUAAAUACAGCUAUGAUAAUAAUCUGAACAUAAUGCUCCCGCAAAAGAAAAGACUAUACCUUGCAUGGCCUUACUUAAUGAAUGAUUUGGAUUACCGCCUUUCUGACCGACCAUUCAAUGGUUUGAUUGAUCAUGCAAUAUAUAACAAAACAAUAAUGAAUCGUUACUUUCCUCCUGAAACAACACAUUAUGUUUCUAUUAUACGUGAGCCACUCAAACAUUUUAAAUCAGCAUUUAGUUAUUUCAAAAUUGAGCAGAUAGCUGGAAUAUUUGCUAAACAUCCGCUCACUGAAUACCUAGAAAAUAUCAAAUAUUAUGAUUCAAUUUAUAAAAGUCAUGAAGCAGCCCAUUAUCGAUAUUGUAUUCCUGAUGGAUUUUCUGUGACAAAAAACUUAAUUGCUCAUUGUUUAGGGAUGCCAUUAGGGUUCCCGUACGGCAGACAAGACAUCACUUAUAAUUUACCGGCUGUGAGAGAACAUAUCAGAAACUUAGACACAGAAUUUUCUCUAGUGAUGAUUGUUGAAUAUUUUCAUGAAUCUUUAAUAUUAUUUAAAAGACUUAUGAAAUGGCAAUUAAAAGACCUGAUAUACAAGUUUGUUAACCGAGGAACUUACUACUUUUCAUUGAGCAAUAAAGAAAAACAUAAGAAAUGGGCAUCCAUAGAUUAUAUGAUUUAUGAGCACUUUAAUAAAACAUUAUGGAAAAAGAUUGCUAUAGAAGGUCCUGACUUCUAUGACGAGGUGAAACAGUUUUCUCAAAUGCAAAAACAAGUCAAUCAUUACUGCUGGGGCUUAGACAGAAAUUUACAUCAGAACUUAAAAAUCUCAAGUUCACGAUUCAAUUCAGAUUUUGAAAUUUCUAGAAAAGAUUGUGAGUCAAUGAAUAUAUCUUGGUUAGAGAAGAUUAAGGAAAAGUUUGAUCGCGAUAAUAAACAUGUAAUUGAUACUCGUCCAACAUUAAAGAGGCCAACUUGCUAAAUGUUGAAAUAAAAUUUAUUUUUUUGGAA